AUGAGUGAUGCUAUCCGAAGCACGCUCGCUCUCUACAAGCUCCUGUCCUCGGACAAGUUCAGCCGACCAAAAGCUUUUUGCAAAGGCUUGGGGAUUUGCUCUUCAAGCGGGAACGACAAAGAAAAGUGCCUCACGGGAAUAUUGACCGAUAUUCGGAUUGCCAUGCAUCAUCUCCAUCGCACAAAGUGUUUGUGGGAGGACAAUGUGAUGGGACAUUUCGCCAGUCGCCGUGUCAGGUUUUUUGCUCUGCGGAGUUCACUGAGGAUGUCCAGGAUGCAUUUGCUUCGGGCCGCUCAGCAAAUCCAGGACUUUUGCCCUACCGGCAACUGCCUCCAAAGUCUGCGCAAGCGCCCAAAGCAGCUUUGCGCGAAGGCAUGCGCAAGUUUGGGCCUUCUGCAGGGUACCUUGAACCUGAAGGCCGACAUCUUGAGCAUUGUCCCAGAUCAGGACAUCAGGGGCUUGGAUGACAUGGUGCAUUUGGUGUCUUCCUUCGUUGGUCUUGAAACAUAA